AUGGACUUCCCCCGAAUUUCCACCCACGAUCGAAACUCAUCGAUACAUUCUUCAUACUUGUCGCGCGGUCCAAUGCGAAUACCCACGAAAACAAUUGAGGACUUUGCUCCUCCGCCGUUGCCUCCACCACAACGGAUCAAUGAUCUCGAAGAUGGUCACGAUGCGGGCUGGCUUCAUGCUAAUGGGAUGGGCCGACCUGAUAUCACCAAGCUUGCCCCCAUCAACCCAAGCUCAAGCUUGUUUGGUGGCCAUCACGCACCAGAGCCAAUUCCACGCAUUGAGCGCAUGUCAUUAGAUGAUUCAAUCGAUCGAUCAAGCGGUCGUUUUUCACAGGCCAAGAUUGACCUUCCUAGACGAGACGCCCCAAACUUUCAGAACUCUUAUUCAACCCAUUUUUCAGAACCAAUUUUACAAGGCGAACGUAAUUUCUCCCGAAAAUGUGUAAUGAGCUCUUCGGACAAUUAUGAUCGACAUCUAUUAUCAAAGAUUGGCAAGCCUCAAUCUCCACCUCGCUCUUCAAGUAUGCUAGGCAGCGAUUUCAGAAGCUCCAACUUAGGAACCAGUUUCCAACCAUUUUCGAUGUAUGACUCGUCCUACAGUCUAGGAAGCUAUGCAGUUUCGCCGGGUGGUCUUUCGCCGAGAUCAAAGGCUUCCUGGAGAGAUCCUUCGGACUAUCGCAGCCCUAGUGUGGAAAGCAGUGCACCAUCUACAAGCAUCGACUACGACAAUGUUCCCUGUCGUAGACGGACGGGAACUUUGACUCCCCAGUCAGAAGACCCUUGCUCCUUCCCUCGCUCCGGUCGAUAUGAUCCGGAGCAGGGUGUGUUCCUAGAUGUUGAAUGCGACGACAUCCAUACAUUGGAACGGAACCAUGCCGAUUAUUUGUCUAGAAAACACGGAACGAAACGAAGGGCGUCUUCACUCCUCCGUGAGCCUGUUCUUCACAAGGCACCCAGUAAUGGCGAUCUCUCGUCAAGACGAACGAGUGCGCAUCACUUUACAAAUAACGUUUCUCCAACUUCACACCACCUACCGAGUCAUAGCUCAAUAUCGUCGCUGUCUUCCGCUAGUUGGCGGACUUCUGCAUCUCUCAGCUCUUCGGCCGGACUUUCGGCCGGUACAAGUGCGUCUUCAUAUGAUCAUAUAUCUUCCGGAGGUCUCUCUCCUAAAUCAGAAGGAGACAAGUACCACGAUAAGGCAGCAAUAAAUCAUCCCAGUCCCAACGGAUCAGUCAGUGGAUUUUCUGCUUCAAAAACGAUCUUCUACAACGGGUUGGAGUCUAAACCCACAACGAACCGAAAGAUUUCCUUACAAUCAGGCAUCAGCGGGUCUAGGGGUUCCAAAAUGGGAGGAUUGUACAUUUGCGACUGUUGUCCGAAGAAACCUAAGAAGUUUGAGACUCAGGAGGAACUCCGGACUCACGAAUUGGAAAAACAAUACACAUGCCAAUACUGUAGCAAUAGAUUCAAGAACAAGAACGAAGCAGAACGGCACCAGAAUUCGCUACAUUUGCGACGUCAUUCAUGGUCUUGUGCAGCGCUUUCGAACUUUCAAGCAGCAUUCCACCCAUCAACAUCACCCACAACACAAACAAGCGCAGGUCCUACUCAUGAUACAUGUGGUUACUGCGGUGAGGAGUUUCCCAACAACCCUGAACCAGACUGGGAUCAACGUUUUGAGCAUUUGACAACUAUGCACAAGUUUGGUGAAUGCAAUAACGUGAAGAAAUUUUUCCGAGCAGAUCACUUCCGACAACAUCUCAAGCAUAGCCAUGCCGGGACGCCUGGGAAGUGGACUAACAUCCUCGAAAAUGCAUGCAUGAAGGAGGAGCACCAAGCAGAAGUGAGACUCGAAACUGUCAGUAAAAAGGGCGGCAAGAGAUCUGAAUUGGGAGAGGCGCCCUUGACAUCAAGUACAAUUGAUGAAGUCAUGGACGAGUCCUAG